CAACACUACUACCUUCACCUUCACUUUGACUCAUAUCAAGUCUGAACAAUUUCUGUUGCAGAAACAUUUUCCAGAGCUUUUAAUCAGACAUGGCUGUUGCUGCUUAUGCAUCCUUGGCUUCUCUCACUCAUGUCCUCGAAAAUCUCCACUAUCGUGCCCGAUUUAAUAUCCCUCGUGCUGACAUCAACCAAGUUGAAGAUCUCCAGGAAAAUGUCAAUUCCUUGCUGGAAUUUGUCGAGCUUCAUUCCGAAAGGAAGAUCCCUGAGCUUCGAGGUUUGUGGAGGAAAAUGGCAGAGGCUGCUGCUGAAGCUGAAAGUGACAUCAACUUCCAUGUAGGCAAUCUACUCUAUGCCAAGUCUCAAGGAGAAACGAGUGAUACUUCAAACUUCUCAGCUUUCUGUGAUGAAAUGGACACACUGAUCCAAAAGUUUUGUUCCAUCGAAAAAGAGUUGCCGAUGAUUGAAGAAAGGGAGGAUCAUCAAGCCCGAAAGCAAUCCAAUUAUGCUUCUGUUUCUGCUGGUGGUUCGUCUGCAGCUGCUUCAUAUGUCAGCAAUGUUGUUGGACUGGAUGAGCAUGUGAACACGAUCAGGGACAACCUCAUCAGAGGUAGAUCCAAGCUCGAAAUCCUUCCAAUUGUCGGCAUGGGAGGUAUUGGUAAGACCACUCUCACAAAAUGCCUCUUUGAGGAUUCAUUUGUUGUCGACCACUUUGAUUUACGCAUCUGGCUUACCAUAUCUCAACAAUAUAGUGCUGAACAAAUCCUUAAAGUUGGUCUUCGAGGAAAGGCUGGAGAAAACAAAAUGUGUGAAAGCUUAGACGAUUUGGGAACUAAAUUCUACCAAAAAUUAUUUGGUAGAAGGUAUUUGAUUGUUAUGGAUGACAUGUGGUCGACUGGAGCUUGGGAUGAUUUACAGAGGUAUUUUCCCGAUAGUGAGGAUGGAAGUCGUAUUUUGUUGACGACUAGACUCUCAAACAUGGCUGCUUCUUUGGGUUCUCGUGAUCCCUAUCUAUUAACAUUUUUAGAUGAAAAUGAUAGUUGGAGUUUAUUCUGUCAAAAUGCUUUUUCUCAAAAUGGUUGUCCAUACGGUCAUUUAGAGAAGUUUGCAAAGGACAUUGCAAAAAGUUGUAGAGGGCUUCCUUUGGAAAUUGUUGUUAUUGGUCGAUUGCUUGCGAAUUCUGAUAUGACCGUAAAAUAUUGGGAGAAUAUUGUAAAUAAUAUUAGCUUCUUAGCUAAUUUGGCAGAUGAUGAGCAUUGUAGGAAAAUUCUCUCUUUAAGUUAUGAGAGUUUACCCAUUCAUCUCAAACCAUGUUUUUUGUAUUUUGGAGCUUUUCCCGAAGAUAGUUCAAUUGGAGUCUUAGAACUAAUACGCAUUUGGAUUAUUGAAGGAUUCAUUAAAUCAAUGAGUAAUAGAAGUUUGGAAGAUAUUGCAAAGGAGUACGUAAAAAACCUCAGCGAUAGGAAUCUAAUAUUUGAACGGGGUGAAUCUGAUUACGGCAUUCAUGAUCUUUUAAGGGAUCUUUGUUUAAAAGAAUCUGAUGAUGAAUGUUUUCUCCAAUUUCCUCGAAUGCAAACCUUUAAAAGUGGGUUGAUAGAAGUUAGGCACUGUAAUCUUUGUCUAAAAGGACUUGAGGACAAUGAAGGAAUGCAUAUUUUGCAACCAUUUUAUAUAUUUGGAGUAUCAUCACAAGUUAAUCCUUUUGUAUGCGAUGCUUGUACUAUGGUGUAUUCGCACAUUAAAAGACAUAAUUUCGUGAAGAUUGAAAAUUUCGAUGAUGGUUUUGACAAAGAAAGUUUGCAGCCAAUUGAAUUGCGGUGUGCUGAUAUAUGGGGAGUGAAAUCAUUGUCUCCUUUGACAUUCAAGUUACUUUGGAAUCUUCAACUUUUACAAAUUUCAAGCUCAUCAUUCAUGGAUUUACCUCGAGAGAUAUGGGAGAUGCCACAAUUAAGAGAGAUUUCAGGUGAUUAUGAUGUUUAUCUACCUGAUCCUAUAUACAUUGAUAUUCAUGGGAACGAUUUUCUUGUCCUGAAAGACCUUCACACCAUAUGUGGAUUCCGUAAUUUUAAUUGCACAAAGGAAGUCAUUGAUCGGAUCCCAAAUUUGAAGAAAUUGGAUAUCAGAUAUGAAUAUGGAGCUGAGGGGGGUGUUAAACAGCUGAACUAUUCUCUAUGUAAUCUUGAGCGACUACAGAAACUUGAAUCUCUAUCUAUAUCAGGUUGCUUGGAGAAAAUGACCUUGCCUAAUUCCCUCAAGGAAUUGGGAUUGAUGGAUUGUACAAUGGCAUGGGAAGAUAUGUCAAUUAUUGGUUUGCUGCCGAGUGUUGAAAAACUUACGAUAUAUGGUGGCGCGCAUGGGUUAGAGUGGGAGCCUGUUCAAGGGGAAUUUCGUCGCCUAAAAGAGUUGGCCAUUGGCUAUACUGAUUUAGUGUGUUGGAGAGUGGAAUCGGUGCACUUCCCUAUUCUUGAGAAGCUCAAACUUACUGGAUUAGGUUUAUUGGAGGAGAUCCCUUCGGGAAUUGGAGAUAUACUAACAUUGAUAUCAAUCGAUGUUGAGAAUUGCAGUGAGUCUGUCAUUGAUUCGGCAAAGGAAAUAUGGGAGGUGCAACACGAGCUCGGUAAUGAGAUUAGAAUUCAUGUUUCUGAUAAAGAACAUGAGGUCGGAUAUCUAAUUGGUACUUUCACUGCAAGAAUGACGGGAGCUGUUUGUCAUUCCUUGGCUUAUUCAAUACACCUUCGAGAAAGACUCGACAAGGUUGCUCAACGUGGCCGCCACUCUCUAAACACAAAACAAAUGGAAGCUGUGGAGGAAGCCAUUCAUUUCUUCAAGGACUUUGUUAAAGCUAUUCACCCAAGAAGAUGCCAAGAAAUGGAAAGUUUGCCGGGAGAAAUGGCGCAGGCUAUCCAUAAAGCAGAUGCUGUGAUCCGCAGGCUACGCGCGGAAACAUUGAUGCCUAUACUUGGUAAGUGCGUCCAUGAAGAUGUGGAAAGGUUGUUGGAAAAGAUAGACUUCAUAAGAAAGGCGCUGUCGGUAGCUAAAGAGGAAGGGACAGAAGAUGAACAAAGUGACGAUGUUGUCGAUAAUGAUGCCACAUCCUAUGAUGUCGAGUCACUUAAAAUUCUGGAGAAAUUUCCUAACACAGAUGAAGAUCAGAGACAAUAUCAAAUUGGUUCUGUCACUGCAACAAUGACGCAGGCUGCUAGUUUAAUCUGGUCUGAUUUAGCAUGCACCCUGGAGGUCCUCCGAAAGGCUUCUAAACUCGGCCGUCAUCAUCUAAACACAAAUCUAAUGGAAAACGUCGAGGAUUCCAUCCGUUUCCUGCAAGAUGUCGUCGAAGUUCAUCCACAAAGUACACUCCAAGAAGUCGACACUAGUGGCGAUUUCUAUGCAACAAUUUUAGACUGUGUGGAGAUAUUGAAUUCGAGCCAUCUUAGGCAACAAUCUCUGGAAGAUGCAACUGAUGAUGAAAUCUCAUCCUUCUAUGAGAUUGUGGCAUGGAUUUGGUACAGAUUAGAAGACAUCAAAAUAUGGCUAGCAGGGCCUCAAAUUGAAGACGACUCACUCACUGACUCUCAGAAAGAAUCAACAGAUGAAGAAAUCUAAUCUGCACAAGAUGUUUGAGGUUGAGGAUUUGCACUCUAUCAGUCCAGAUUGCUUUC